AACGACAACAAGGCUUUCAGCAUUUACCACAAGAGAGAGCAGAAAAACACUUGUUGGAUUUCCCUCUGUAGAACUCUACAGUUUGCUCUGCACGCUUUGGUUUCCCUCACCCACUUACCAUGGCAAGUUAUUCUGUUUACCACAAUACCAAUCUUCAGUCAUUUGUUAGGCAAGACUAUCAAUGCAGACCUGUCAAGGCAAAAUAUGAUGAGAUCAGGUGCAAAGCGCAACUGCAACAUAGCCAGGAAAUCCAAAGGAAAGCGAGAAGUGCGACAGUGUAUGCUGGAGAAUACAGAACGAAGCAACUAGAUGAAAGUUUUCAGUCAACAAUGAGACCAAGUUCACCGACCAGGAUGAACAAGCCUCACCCACCCGAGAUAUUCUUGAUUACCACACUACAUAAUCUACCAGGUUAUUACAAUUGUAACAUCUAUAAGAAUUUUGCAGCUUCACAUCAGCAAUCCAAAGGGACACAUAGUGAACAGCAUAACCAGGUACACAUAUUCCGUGAUGCAAAUUCUAAUAUUGCAGCACAGGCUUGGCUCAGCCUUGCUAGUGAUAAAGACCGUGAAGCUGUAAAAAACAUGAUCAGGUUUGUAAGUGAGAAACCAGCGAAGAAGGUGAAUAUGUACAGAAAAAAGAACACCCUCUACCAGGCAUUUACACACCAUGUGAAACCUGAAUUCAUUGCAUCAGCUCAACAAUGGCUAAUGGGGGCUGGAACAGUAGAAACUGCAGCUGUGGAAAGACUGCUACAGACUUUGUCCACAGCCCCACAAACACCGACUCUGAAAUCUGGACCCUCGCCCACCUGUGGACAACACAGAGCAGAGUACGUCAUCCACCCAGAAUGGAAGACCGAGCACUAAAUCACUUGUUAAACUGUAUGAUUCUGUGGGGAUCUGUCCGCUCUGCACAUGUAGGUAGUAGUCAAAAUAAAUGGAAACACCAUGGUAAAUGAGGCACAUUAAGUAUAUUCAAAGUAAAGGGUUCCACACAGGUCUUGCUCAUGUGCUAGUUAUCAAAUAACAUUCUUCCAUGGUCUGAGUCAUGCAUAUCAAUGCUGGGCUGUGUUGUUUGUAUUUAAAGCUAGUAUAGGUGCAAGAGAAGGCUUCAGUGGGCUUAGGUGGACAUGUACUAAGC